CUAAGGUGUAACCCAUAACGCCUCGAACAUAUCGACCGCCACGCUCGAGUGACGAACCAACAGAGUCCUACACCCUGGCCGGUUUCCAGUAUGGCGACGGAUAUCCCAUCCAUAGCCUGUAUAGGCAUAAUUGGUCGCAAUAAUAACCCCCUCCACGUCUCCAUCUUCCCUUCGUACAACCCAUACACAAACACGUUGGCGCCAUUACGAACCCCGCUUCAAUUCUCCCUACUUCUAUCCUCAACCCUCGACGUUUUUGAGCUCCGCGCUCGGCAUGCCGCGGGAACCGGAACCGGUCUGUCAGGCGACAUGGGACUCCUACACGCGGUCGACGAGCGCCUUGCUGCCUAUGGCUUCGAGACAAACACCGGGAUCAAGAUGGUAGUGCUGGUGGACAUGCGCGGGCGGAGAGUCGACGCCUCUGUCCUGGGCGGGAAGGGCGGCGCCGGUAGUUCCUCUGCCGCUUCUGGUUCCGCGCCAGCUUCCGCUUCCGCUGUCAACUCCGGCGUCGGGCUUCGCGAAGCUGAGCUCAAGGUCGUGUUCCGCGCUAUCCAGAACGCGUAUAUUCGCCUGCUUCAGAAUCCUUUCUUCGAACCUGACGAGGUCAUGGAGAAGGGCGGCAAGAAGAUCACAAGCAGGAAGUUCGAGACCGAGAUUCGCCGCAUUGGAGAGAGCUGGACGCCUGGCGUGACGAGUCUCUAAGGGGGACGCGACUGUGGGAUUGAGAAUUCCAUUCGAUUGCCCCUUCCCUUACACACUGGAUGCCAAAACGUCCUCAUAGAUGUCCGUCCUAUAUGGUGCCUAGUGAUACUGGCCUAGAAUUAAAUACAGUGCCUUUCCUUCCUUAC